AUGGAGCUGAUAGGAGGUCAACAGGGAAAGUCUGCACCUGCCCAAACAGUACCAUCCCAAGUUUCAUCUCUUCCAGCCAGGUCUCCUCCUCCAGUCCCCCGCCACCCUCCUCCAUCAUCUCCGCAAACAGCACCGCCAAGCACUGCCGAGCCAGAGAAGCGCAGAGAGCAGAAAGAUGAGAUGCUUAAUGCUUGUUCCAACCAGCUAGAUGGUGAAAGGAAAAGAAGGGCAAUGGCUGUUCAAACCUUGUCCAAAUCUGAACAGGAUCUAACCGUCUCGAGGAAAAAGCUACUGGUCGAGGAAGAAGCUCGCAAAAGUGCUGAAUCGUCAUCAGAGGGCUACCAGAAGCAGGCCGAGGCACAGGCCAAGCUUCUGCGCGAGGCGAAUGCUGAGCUGAAGAAAACUCAGGAGCAAGUUCUUGUUCUUAAGAAGCAUCUAGAAGAAACUCAGAGGUUAAGGGAGAGAGCCGAAAAGCUUAAAGAACAAGCCGAGAAAGCAAAAAUCGAGUCUGAGAAGGCAAUGGGUGAAGCCGAGCAGAGGGGCUACGAAAUCGGGAUAGCUGAAACCGAGAAAGCGUUAAGAGCCGAAGUUCUGGAGAUGGAUUCAUUUCAGACGCCUCUUUUAUUGUACGUCAAUCUUGCAUUCAAAGCUCUCUCUUUCUGA